AUGACCACCCCACACGUUCCCGUUAUCAGUCUCGCCAGCUGCAACGUAGCAGGGCGCAAGGCAGAGGUCGUGCGCCAGAUUGGCGAAGCUUGUGCCUCGUCGGGAUUCUUCCAGAUAGUCGACCACCCUAUUCCCCAAGAAUUAAUUGAACGAGCGUUCGAAACCUCGGUUCGCUUUUUUGCGCUACCUGCCGAAGAGAAACUCGCACUUGCUCGCGAUCCUUGGACCAACCGCGGUUAUGAGAUUCUCGAGCGUCAGAGCCUCCAGGGUGCAGUCGUGGGUCAUGAUGAACUUGGCAUCUCUCUUGAAACUAGGCCGGAGAAUGAAAAUCCUGAGAUGGAUCUCAAAGAGGGCUUCCUGAUUGGAGACGGCAAGAUAGGCGAAGACCACCCAUUCUUCGGUCGUUUUGCUCAAGGUGUAAAUCACUGGCCGAACAUUGCUGGGAUGAGAGAUGUGAUGAAUGAGUAUCUUUCAACGAAUCUUAUGGAACUUGUUGCUUUGUCCCUUAAUCUUCCGGAGAAAUAUUUUGCGCCAUUUUGCAAGGAUCCUACUGCUGCUAUUCGCCUUCUUCAUUAUCUUCCUCAACGUGCCGACGCGAUAGAACCCCAGAUUGGUGCUAGUGCCCAUACCGAUUUUGGAGCCCUGACUUUACUUGCGACGUCCGGAACUCCUGGCUUGGAGCUGUGGUCAGACGGUAAAUGGUUUCCUAUCGAGCCUGCUCAUGGUGCCUAUGUUGUUAACGUCGGCGACCUACUUCAAAUGUACACCACUGGGAAAUAUCUUUCUUCUUUACACCGGGUGAUUAAUCGUUCUGGAAAUGAACGCUAUUCAAUCCCCUUCUUCCUUGAUGGAAACCUCGACGCGAUUGUCAAGUCUAUCUACGACACUUCGGACACUGUGAACGCAGUUUCGGUGGAGUCUCAUCUUAGGACUCGGUUCGAUGGAACGUAUCAACAGCCCAUGGCUGCAAAGAUGGCACAGGUAGCAUGA